AUGCUGCUGACCUGGGCAAGUAUAUCACUGGUGACAAGGCGCUGGCCUCAAACGCCUACCUGCCAGGACCUCCUGGCCUGCCUGGGGGCCAAGGCCCACCCGGGUCCGCCAGGUGCACCAGGAAGAGAUGGUUCUAAGGGGGAAAGAGGAGCACCUGGGCCCAGGGGUUCUCCAGGACCCCCUGGUUCUUUCGACUUCCUGCUGCUUAUGCUGGCUGACAUCCGCAACGACAUCGCUGAUCUACAGGAACAGGUGUUUGGGCACCGGACUCACUCUUCAGCGGAAGAGUUCCCUUUACCUCAGGAGUUAUCCAGCAACUCAGAAACCAUGGACUUGGGCUCUGGAGAUGACUCCCCAAGAAGAACUGAGGCAAGAGACUGGGGAGCCCCCACAGACUUUUAUCCAUAGCACACCCCAACAUUUUCAGGCCAAAGGAAGAGAAAAGAGUGUUUUCUCCUGCAGUUAAAUCAUCUAAAGAAGAAAAAAUCACUGGAGACCUAGAAAAGACACAUU